UUUGGACUCCAGCCCUGCGGUCACUUGGCAACAUAGUGACCGGGACAGACGAGCAGACUCAGUUUGUGCUGAACGCAGGUGCUCUGGCCAUGUUCCCAGGCCUGCUGCGCCACAACAAGCCCAAUAUCCAGAAAGAGGCUGCCUGGACCCUGUCCAAUAUCACUGCAGGCAAGGACACUCAGAUCCAGGAGGUCAUCAAUGCAGGCCUGAUGCCCAUGCUGGUGGAGAUCCUGCAACAGGGAGACUACAAGACUCAGAAGGAGGCCGUGUGGGCAGUCACCAACUAUACCAGUGGUGGGACGAUGGAGCAGGCGGCCUACCUGGUCCAAUGCAAUGUCCUGGAGCCUCUGCUCAACCUACUGACCGCCAAAGACAGCAAAAUACUCUUGGUCAUCCUGGAUGCAAUUCAGAAUAUAUUGCAGAUGGCAUACAAAGCUGGCGAGGUUGAAAAACUGUGCCUAAUGAUCGAGGAGUUGGGUGGUUUGGACAAGAUUGAGACACUGCAGACCCAUGACAACGAAGCUGUGUACAAGUCAUCUCUCAACAUCAUAGACAAAUACUUCUCUGAAGAGAAUGAAGAGGAUGAUUCUGUGGUUCCUGAGGCUACUGCAGACUCCUAUACCUUCCAGAUCCCUGAGGACCAAAGCACUUUCAAGUUUUAAAAGUCCAGCUCUCCCUUUGUAACAUAAAAAAAAAAAGAAAUUCAGAACUUGUUGAUAUUUUUGUAUUUUUUUUUUUUUAGACAUUUCAUUCUUGUACGUGACAGUACAGACAAAAUAUCCCCGUUUUGAAAAAAUAUCUGUAAAUAAAUGUUGCUCAUGCAAAAUGUUUUCUUUCUUGAUGAAUGUCACGGAUACAGGGAAAUGUGCCUAGAUUAAUUGGUUAAAUAAUGUGAAGUAGGUAAGGCUUUAAGAAGAAAUUCUUAAGCAUAGAUGGUAAUGAUCUGUGUGCAUUUCACCACUAGGUGACACUGUGGUUUUCUCUAUACUUGUGGUUCUAAGGGCCUGGCUGUUUCUAUAGUACAUUAAAAUAUUUUGUGAAUGAAAUCUGUCAUUCAACAGUUGGAUGUCUUGCAAUGUAUGGCCAUGAUGGCUUAUAUCAUAUAUUAAUUAAAGGGAAAGAGCAAAAUCAGACUUGGCUAAAUAUAUUUCCCCUACUGUAGAUCUGAAUUCACAAAAUCUACUGUCAGGAAAAAUUGCAUCAAGUGCUGAUUUGUUGAAUCUGACACAAUGUAAAAUGGCCUUUAUGACAAGGGAAAAAAAUUAAAAUCUCAAUAAAAGACUUCUUGUAGCUGUCAAUAAUAUUUUAAAAUGGAUACAUGAGCCCUCCUCAAAUGGGAUGCCCACUUUUGGAAAUGACUGCUAUUAACCAAUAAAACUCACAC